AUGUCAACUCGCCGGGGUGUCGGCUUAGGAGCUUUCACACAGCGAAAUGCCACCGCUCAAUCAUACGCAGCACAUGGCUCGAGCCUCAAGUCCGCCAACUCAGCAUCACUCCAGGCACAGCUAGAGGUCUUUCAGUCUUUGCUUCACAACUUUGCCCUCGAGCAUGCCACAACAAUCAAAUCCAACCCAACUUUCCGCGCCGAGUUUGCACGCAUGUGCAAUGCCAUCGGCGUCGAUCCGCUCGCCGGAAGCAAUAUCAAGGGUAAGAAAACGGAUUCUCUCUGGGCCAAAGUUCUGGGUCACGACGUCAACGAUUUCUACUUCUCGGUUGCUGUUCGCGUCGUCGAGUUGUGUCAAUCAACUCGUGCCGUGAACGGCGGAUUACUGGGAUUGCAGGAAUGCUGUGAGAGCGUCAGUAAAGGGAAAGCCAUCGGUGGUGGGUUACAAGUCUCGGAAGAUGACAUAGAGCAGGCUGUUAAAUCUCUAGAACCUCUUGGAUCUGGGUUCGUGAUUAUAUCUAUCGCUAGCAAAAGGUUCAUUCGAUCGGUGCCAAAGGAACUCAGCACGGAUCAAUCGACCGUUCUCGAAGUUCUACAGCUAUUGGGCAGUGUUACUGCCUCAUUACUACACUUAAAUCUGAAUUGGGAAACAGUGAGAGCAGAGACCAUUUUGCAGGACUUGCUCGCUGACUCUCUUGUAUGGGUUGACUAUCAGUGUCGAGAGCCAGAGUAUUGGUCGCCACAAGGGUUAAUCGACGGCAGUGACUAG